UGUCAAAACAUUAUUGUGAUGUGGUCGUAUGUUAUUUUAGUUUUGUAGGCGUUUUAUUUUUCUAAAUAAAAGAAAAUAGUACUACUACCAUGGGUACGACAGGCCAGUCGAUCACGCUGGCCAAUAGUAUUAUAGGUGUAGGAAUCCUGGCGAUGCCGUUUUGUUUUCAAAAAUGCGGAGUAUUACUGGCUACGCUUAUAUUGUUGUCGAUGGGGCUCGUGUCCAGACUCUGCUGUCACUUUCUGCUCAAAUCUGCACUUCUGGCUCGGAGAAGGAAUUUCGAGUUUCUGGCAUUCCAUGUGUUCGGGUCAGCGGGCAAGGUGGCAGUGGAGCUGGGCAUCAUCGGCUUCCUCAUGGGCACCUGCAUAGCUUACUUUGUGGUUGUUGGAGACCUGGGACCUCAGAUUAUUGCUAAAAUGUUUAAUAUUAACCAGAGUGAUAUACUCAGAACAUGUAUAAUGGUGAUAGUGUCGCUGGUAUGUGUGCUGCCCCUCGGCCUUCUAAGGAAUGUUGAUAGCCUGAGUAAUGUUAGUGCAGCCACCAUCGGCUUCUACUUCUGUUUGGUUAUAAAGGUAAUAUCAGAAGCCGCAACGCAGCUCCUCACAUCAGAAUGGGGCACCGUGGAGCAUUGGAAGCCGGAGGGCGUCUUGCAAUGCGUGCCCAUUUUCUCUAUGGCGCUUUUCUGUCAGACCCAAUUGUUCGAGAUCUUCGAGUCCAUGCCGACGCUGUCCUUGGAGAAGAUGAAUGUGGUGACCAAGAACGCCAUUAAUAUCUGCACGGCAGUCUACUUCACGCUCGGCCUUUUUGGCUACAUUGCAUUUAAUAAACACGACAUUUCUGGCAAUAUCCUCAUGAGUUUAAGUCCAACCAUGGCGAGUGACGUCAUCAAGCUGGGCUUCGUCAUGUCGCUCGCCUUCAGCUUCCCCCUCAUCAUCUUUCCCUGCCGCGCCAGCUUGUACUCUUUCCUCUACAGAAAGGUCCACCCAUCGCAGCACGACCACAUAAUCAACCACUCGAUCCCCGAGCCGACGUUCCGCUGCAUCACCGUGGCCAUCAUAGCCACCGCGCUCUUCAUAUCGCUGCUGAUCCCCAACAUCGAGCUGGUGCUGGGCCUGGUGGGCUCUACCAUCGGAGUGCUCGUCUGUGUCGUGUUCCCGACAGCUUGCUUCGUCAACGUCACGUUUAAGAACACCAACGAAAGGGUUCUAGCUAAGGUAGUACUAGUCCUGGGUCUGGGUAUCAUGGUGCUCGGCACUUACGCCAAUCUGCAAGCCGCUGAGAAUGCCCCCGACAAAUACGACACAAUAACCCAGGAGCGCAUCGACAAGAUUGUCGAGGAUUUCUUCCAGUCCAGGCAGUUAGAAGAUGGGGGUAAUAUCAAAGCAGCGCCGAAAGUCGAUAUCGAUAAAGUUUCAAAAGAAGAUGUAAAGCACAUUAAAGAAAAAGUCGCAGACUCGGAAGUGCAACCGCCCAAUCCGGUUCCUCCAGAAUCACACCCUGAUGAGGCGCCGAAGGACCCUCCACGUCCCGACAAAGUCAGGAAGAAACCUGAAACUUCAGAGAAGCAGCAAGAAGAUACACCCAAACAAAUCAAGCAAGAAACAGAGAAAAUUUCAGAAACACAUCCAAAGAACUUAAAAAUAACAGAGGAAAAACGUUCAAAUGGUGAGACAAAACAGGAACAAAAGACAGAUUCGCAAUUAAAAGAAGAAAUAAAACAAAUGAGCAAUCAACAGAAAAUUGAUCUUCUCAAACAAGCGCAACUAGCAGAGACCAUCAAGCAACAUGGAGAGGAACAGAAAGAGUUAAUCAAAGAACAGAAAGAAAUUCUAGAUCAUAUUAUUAAGACCAAACAAGAGAUACAGCAAGAUAAAAACGAAGCGAAGAAAAUUGCAGUGGAAAGUAUCCAGAAGAUAGCAAAUGUGGCGAUAAAGAGUUUAAGUGCUGUUUCAGAACAACCUUCUGAAGGGAAAAUAGAGCCUGAGAACACCGCCAAUGAGGCGGUGAAGAAAAUAGCUGAUGUAGCCGUAGAAGCUAUUAAAGAGAUUAAAGACAAACCGAUACAAGCCCUGCCUUUACUCAAUAAUAUUGCUGCUCAACUUCCUGAAGUCAAAAUACCACCAGUACAAAAUAGUGUAAACGAAGUGAAAGACAAUGAACCAAUUGCUCAAAAACCUGUACAAAAUGUUUUGAAUCCAGCCAAAUCACAAGAUAUUGUUUUGGAAAAUAGUAAAGUAGAUGUAGAUCUAAAUAACAAUAACAUCGUACCUGCAGUACAAAAUCAUAAUGUAGGGGAAAGUAAUAAUGCCGUCCCGGAAAAUAAUAACCUAAAGGCAAAUAAACCCCAAGAAUUAAAUAAUGUUCCACCAAUAGUUCAAAACCCUGUAGUAGAAAAUAAUCCAGUGGAAAAUAAGCCUCUAAUACCAUCCAAUAAUAAUGUGCCCAUACAAGAAGCUAACCCUAAACAAAGUCCUGAAACACCAGUAGAUCAAAAGACACAUUCGCAUUCACCAGACGAACCACAGUCUUACAAACAAGGAGAGGAUUUGAAAAAUUCGAACGUACAAGCGAACAUUCUAAACGUACCUUUACCACUCGUAAUGAAUGGAAACAAACUUAAAUCAGCCGAAUUUAAACAAGAGGUUGUGGAUAAACCUAUAGAUGUUCAAAAUGGUGCUAAACAACCAAAUAAUGAUAAAGAAACUAAUGAAAAAUCAAGACAGAAACGAGAAGCAGUAGAUUGCUUGAAUAAAGCUACAUUAAGAGCAGAGGACAAAGAAGUUUGUAAGAGUUUAGAUUCACCAGAGAUACUGCCAAAUGUAGACUUGAAUGAACUACCAAAACUGCCUGUGGACUUAAAUAUGGUACAUCAGAUACGAUCUUUGAAAAGUUAUGAUGAAGAAAAACGAAGGUAACAAAAGAAAGUAAUAUAAAAUAUUUCGUGUUAAAUGUUCCUCUUGAAGAGAUGAUUGUCCGAGAUUGUAAACUAGUAAUAUAUGUGUGCAAUUGUGUAAGGUUUAAGUCAUAUAAGUUAUGUAAAUUAAUGGUAUCGUUUGGUAUCUUCGUUUUAAAGUAUAAUGCCAAUUUCAACCUCAAGCAGCACGUUUCACCGCAAUCUAAAAUGUUAAUGUAUCCUCAUUCUGCGAAUUUACAGUACAAAGAAACCUCCUGCUGCCGCUUGCGGUCGGAAUUGGAAUUGUACCUUUAUUUUUAACUUCCUGACCUUUUGUCUUAUUUUUGCCUUGUUCGCUAUUCAUGGCCCUCGUUUUGCGAUUGGCAUUUUGUAACUUUUAUUUGCUGAUUAGUUAUUACUAUUAGUUUUUCAAUAUCAAAUUAUUAUUCGUUACAGUGAAGGAUAUGUACAGACUAUGAGAAAGAGGUAUUUGAAUUCAUUAUAAAAGAAAGUUGUCACUUUUUGUCAAUAGCGAACAAAGAAAGUCGAAGUUUAAACAUACUUAGAUCACAAUGAGAAAUUUAUAGAAACGAUGAUACCUAUUCUAAUCGUGAGACCUAUCAUAUCACGUAAAUGAUUAUACAUUACUUAUGUCAAGCGUAAGACGUGCAUUUAUUAUAUUAAUUUAUUGUUAUUGCUUUAUGUUUGUGCUCUAUUUUGAAUGUUAAGAUAUACAGUAUUUAAGUAAUAAGAUUUUCGACAUGAUCUCGUACGCUUUUUCUAAAUUAUUCGGAAAACACAGUUUGGAAAACUUUUACAAAGAUUACUAAAGAUAGUUACACGGUUAUUACACUGAUUUGCACACCGCUUUGGUGUAUGGGUGAGACAGCGCUAUGCGAUGUCCUGCUCGCACACAAGAGCGUCGCGAGAUUUGCAUCCAGUGUGGAAACCGCUUUAAACACGCAUAACUAGAACGAUAAGUAUUUGCGGGUUGUAUGUAUACUUGUAUAGUGCAGUAC